AUGGGCGAACCGGCGGCGGCAGCGGCGGCGCCGUCAGCAUCGACGUCAACGUCUGGAGAUCGUCUUCCACUGGUCAACGAUGAAAUUGUUACAGAUUCGGGAAAAAAGUACAAAUUGAGCGCAAUACUUGGGGACGGCGGUUAUGGCACCGUUUUCCAAUCACAGGAUGGUGAUUAUAAAGUUGCCGUUAAAACAGAGAAGUUUAGCAAAUCGCAAUUAAAGAUUGAAAUUCAUGUCAUGAGAGCUGCCAUGCAAAAUAAUUGUAAACAUUUUUGCGAGCUUAUUGAUUGUGGGACGAAAGGAAAAGAUUUUGAUUAUGUUGUGAUGACGUUAUUAGGCAAGGAUUUGCACAAAUUGCGAAGCGAACUGCCGGACCGCAAAUUCAGUCUGAACACGGCGACGCGAAUCGGAAUCCAAAUGUUGAAAGCGUGCGAAGAACUUCAUCGAAUCGGAUACGUUUCACGGGAUAUUAAACCCGGAAAUUUCGCGCCCGGAAUCAAGGCCAACCGGCAAAGUCGAACGAUAUUCAUGUACGAUUUCGGAUUGGCACGAAAGUAUAUUGACAAGAAUAAUAAUGUGAUUCCAUCGCGAAAAGAGGUCGGAUGGCGUGGAACGACUCGUUAUGGAAGUCUGAAUGCUCACAAACGUCUCGAUUUGGGUCGACGAGACGAUUUGGAGAGCUGGUUUUAUAGUUUAGUUGAAAUGACACGAGGUACAUUGCCGUGGAGGAAUGUUACUGAACGAGCCAACGUGCAGAGAGCGAAGGAAGCGGCUCGCACGAGUGGGCGUGUCCAAUUUCUGUUCGAGACCCCUGCACAAUAUGAUAAGAUAUUCACGAUAAUCGAUAGCUACUCAUUCGAAGCAGCUCCCGAUUAUUGCUUACUAACCAAGUAUCUAAACGAAGCACGCGAAGAGCGCCAACUCAGAGAUCGUGAGCACUGGGAUUGGGAGGAUGAGACGGUGUCGACGACGGUGACGACCAUUACGUCCUUCUCGGACAAAGAGCUGCGAGCCAAGCACGACCAGACACCGACAGUCGUCGGACGGUCGGACCGAACGAAUCUUCGCCUAUUCCUUUUCUGGUAUUCGGUGAUGAUCAACGAAUUCAAGAAUCAGGUCGUGCCGACUGCCAUGUUGCGCAACAAAGCUAAUAUUGCACUCGUCCCGGCCUGA